CAAGUACCACGUAGAUUUCGUUGUAACACGUUAAUAAACAUUAACCCGUAUUUUAAACUGUCACAUCUCAAUCUUGUUUAAAAAAUAAAAUUGUCAGAUAACACUGUUCUGUUUGUGGUUUAAUAUACAGUUAUAAUCUUGUGGAAUACUUCGAAAAGUAAUCAGUAUUUAGAAAUUAUUUGACAACAGUCAUUAGCAGGAAAUAAUGGCUGUGGAAUCUGUGAAAUUGAUUAACGAAGAUGUUGAGAGUGGCGGAAAGGAAACGGAUGCAAAUGACAUCGAACAUGACUUUACCUACAAUAACAAUGUUCAUAAUGCCACUAUUAAUAUACGAUUAGGUUUCCUUCGAAAGGUAUAUGGUUUACUGAGCGUUCAACUUUUAAUAACAGUAUUAGUAGGUACAGUAUUUAUGGCAUUUGAUCCAUUAAAGCUCUUCGUUCAAGAGAAUUCCUGGACAUUACUUGUAUCAUUUAUUGGGACUAUGGUUACUUUAUUUGCUCUAUAUGUAAAAAGAAAAGAUCAUCCAGCCAACUUAGUAUUGUUGACAUUAUUUACAUUGAUGCAGGCUUACACCAUUGCUAUAGUAGUAUCGAUGUUCGAUGUUACUACGGUUUUGGAAGCUUUGUUUAUGACACUGACAGUGACGAUAGGAUUAACUAUUUACACGUUUCAAAGCAAACGUGAUUUGUCCGUUUCAAGUUCCGGAUUAUUUAUCGGUCUUUGGAUUUUAUUACUUGGUGGUUUGAUACAAAUAUUUCUUCAAAGCACUAUAAUGGAACUGAUGUUGAGUAUCGGCGGAGCGGCGUUGAUGUCAAUGUUCAUAAUUUUCGAUACUCGUCUGAUAAUGCAUACACUGUCUCCGGAAGAAUAUAUUUUGGCCACUAUCAAUAUUUACCUUGAUAUUGUUAAUCUGUUUCUUUAUAUUUUGAGAAUUUUCGCAGCUUCGAAACAGUAGAGGCCGUAUUUGUAUGCACGUAUGUCUAUAUCCUGUUAAAUGUGACUUAACUUUCCUAAAUAAAAAAUUUUUAUUUAAA